AUGAAUAAAAUCCAACCUCGAGCUGUAUUACUCUAUUCUAUGAUUGGUACCAAAAAUAUUCAUUUGGAACAACUUGCUCUUGAUCAAUGUCAUUCGAUCGAUCUAACCUCUGAUUAUUUUGGUUCACCAUAUGAAAUGAUUAUUCGAGAAUUCAUAUUAUCUACUUUACCAUGUAUUUUUAAUUAUAUUGAAUCACUUACAGUCAAUCUUGUACAUAUAUCAAGUCUUUAUCAGCUUGUUAAAAGAAUUGAUGAUAAAAGUUGUCUCAAUAAUUUAAAGCAUUUAAAAAUAAUGGCCGGCCGUUUGCAUCGUAAUACAGGAACACCUAUCACAUUAAGAUUUUGGAAAUCUAAUCCUGAUGAUUGA